AUGACGGAGUUUGUUAUAAACGACAGUGAAACGGACGUAGAUUCCGAUGAGGAGUUACAAGAAGCUUUUUGCAAAGGGUUUAUUAAGCCAGGACUAACGGAGGAAAUGAAGAAAGCUAUUUACAAGGAUUAUGUUAAUAAUGUGGCGGAUUUAAGGGAAAAACUAAGACAGAUCGAGCUUAGUUUACCAUGGAUAGAAAAACUGGACGUAGUUACUUCAGUUGCUCCAAUGGCUCCUGAUGUUGCGCUCCAGAUACAAGAUACAGCUCAGCGAAGAAAAAACAUAAAGGAGAACACUAAGGGUCAUCAGACGUAUGACCCCACCCAAGACCCCAUCCUAAAUGAGUUUAAGAGAGAGAACCUAAUUCAUCGUCAGGCACAGGCUGCAGUUACCGAUGGCAUUAACAGGCUGAAGGAACUAAAUGUCACCACAAGAAGACCAGAUGACUAUUUCGCCGAGAUGGCCAAAUCCGAUGAGCACAUGCAGAAAGUUCGCAAAAACCUAAUGGCCAAACAGGCGGCACAAGCUCGCACAGAGAAAGUGCGUCAGCUAAGGGAACAAAAGAAAAUUGCCAAACGCGUGCAGAUUGACACAAAACUUAAACAAGCGGCUGGCAAAAAACACAUGCUCGAACAACUAAAACGGGUCAGGAAAGGAAAAUCAUCAGAUUUAGACUUCUUAGAAGAUAAUAAUAAGGGCAAAAAUAACAAUAAGUCUAACAAUAGCAAAGAUCCAAGGAGUAAAGUGUCUAAAAAGCGCGCGCAAAAGGACAAAAAGUUUGGUUUUGGCGGCAAAAAGAAAGGCUCUAAGUUAAACACGCGUGAAUCGACAAACCAAAUGGACGGAUUCAAUAGUUCGGCUAAGAAGAAACCUUUCAAUUUUAAAACGAAAAACUUUAAGCCUAAUAAUAAGAAGAAAAAUCAGAGGCCGGGCAAAUCAAAGAGGAAGAAUGCGAAAAGA